CCAACCUGUUUCUCCCAAAAACUGUGCGGGAAGAGAGGGCGUGUUUUCGGCUCAGUUCAAUCCACAAGCACAGGUGAGUCAGCCUCCUUGUCUGAUUGCCUUUAACAAACGCAGAGAGGUGUAACCAGGGCGACGCGCAAAGCAGCUCCGCGUCCAGGCCGAUGACUCCCUGACUGACUGAAUGCCGCAUGGACGUUUAAAGGAGUUGUGCUGUGACACCUGUUGGAGGAAAUAUAGCUACCCACACCAAGGGCAAAUAUCUCACACAAAGAAGGCUCGCAUCACGCGUGGAAAAACAUGAAGGUGCAAGUGUUCCUGCCUCUGACUGUAGUCGUGUCGGUGGCUUUGGUGGGGCUCAUGAAAAUACGCAAAAAGGAGCAUGACAUGGAAGACAGACGAAACAAGUUUGAGGAUAUCAAGCUCCGGGUGACCUACGAUGUGCUGAGAGAGUAUGAGAGCGAGAAGGCGAGGAUGCAGAACCUGCUUGAGAAGACCAAGAGCGAGCACAGUGCGAUGGAGGAAGAAACGAACAAAGUCGGCAUGAACGAAAAAAAGGCGAAGGGUGAGGUGGACAUCUGCCAGGGAGAGCAGAAAUCUGCAAGAGAUAAGCUGGCAACAGUAGAGACAGAGUUGAAUAGUCAACAAGCUGCAAGCGAUAAGGAGAAAGCCAGCUGGAAAGCAGAAGAGGAAUCACUGAAAGUGCAACUAGCAGCACGGAGCUCUGUGUGUGCCUUUGUGAAGACAGAGUCAUCACAAGCAGCAAGUCAGUUGUGUGGCAGUAAAGUGAAAGUGGAAGAGCCUAAAGCAGAGGCCUAAACAAGAAAGCCUAAAGCAGAGGCCCUAAGCAAGAACAGCCUAAAGCAAGGCCCUAAGCAA